GGAAAGUUAAAAUGAUGAGCAUUUUGAGUUUGCAGUCUUGACAUGAGACAGAAAACAGGGACAUGAACUAACCACUUAGCUCUUGGUCGUUUCGGCCGGCCGAAUCAGAGGUCCCUGUCCUUUUCUAACUGCUUCUUCCUCUUAUUCUUUACAACUUAAACUAAUUACAAUAUAGUAUGAUGAAUUCCAUAUCUGUACAAUAGUUAAAUAAGCAGCAUCAGUCAAUACGUUACAAUGACAAUAAUUGCUAAACAUUUUAGUAUAUAUAUUGAGGGAAACUAUAUUCUUUAGUCCCCUUGUGCUUAUUUAUUUCUUCUUUAGCUGCUUGUGUUUCUUGUUAGUCUUUUGCUUGUUUCUUGAAUAUACCAGAUGAAGAAGAGAUAUAGGAAUGGAGAAGUGUGGGAUUUUGAGCACGAAAUGGCGAUUUCUGGUCUGGGUAUGGGGCGAGAAGUGAUACUUGGGUUAGAUGGUGGAACCACUUCUACUGUCUGCGUGUGUAUACCGAUAGUCCCUUUUACGGAUCACCUGCCUGACCCUCCUCCGCUUCUUGCACGAGCUGUGGCCGGCUGCUCCAAUCACAACAGUGUUGGAGAAACUGCUGCAAGGGAGACGCUGGAGCAGGUUAUGGCCGAAGCUCUUUCUAAGUCGGGUUCAACCCGGUCAGCUGUUCGAGCUGUUUGUUUGGCUGUAUCUGGUGUCAACCAUCCAACAGACCAGCAAAGAAUACUAAAUUGGCUUAGUGCUAUAUUUCCGAGCCACGUCCAACUAUUUGUUGAGAAUGAUGCUGUGGCAGCUCUGGCAAGUGGAACAUUAGGAGAACUUCACGGAUGUGUUCUAAUUGCUGGUACAGGCACUAUUGCUUAUGGAUUCACGUCGGAUAGAAGAGAUGCCCGGGCUUCUGGUGCAGGGCCUAUAUUAGGUGACUGGGGAAGUGGAUACGGCAUUGCAGCACAGGCAUUAACUGCAGUAAUCAGGGCUCAUGAUGGUCGUGGACCGCAUACAAGUCUUGUAUGUCGUAUCCUGCAAGAGCUUGAUCUUAUCUCACCCGAUGAACUUAUCGGGUGGACUUAUGCUGACCCGUCUUGGGCUCGAAUUGCAGCUCUUGUUCCUGUUGUGAUAACUUGUGCAGAAGCAGGUGAUCAAGUUGCAAACAAAAUCUUGUUAGAUGCAGUACAGGAGCUGGCCUCAAGUGUGAAGGCUGUUGUAAGAAGACUCGAAUUGUGUGGAAAAGAUGGAGAGGAGCAUUUUCCUCUCGUGAUGGUUGGCGGAAUUCUUGAAGCCAACAAAAGAUGGGACAUAGGAAAAGAAGUGAUUGCCUGCAUCUCCAAGGACUUCCCAGGAGUUCUUCCAAUUCGGCCAAAGGUGGAGCCUGCUAUAGGCGCAGCACUGCUUGCUUGGAAUAUCCUGAUGAAACAAUCACGAAGAAAUGCCCUCAGAAGUUGACAAGUCCGAGAUCACGAAAUUGUACAGAAGCGAAGAAUAUGUGACGGUGAGAAUGUGUGGAAACGGGCAAGGAGUGCGCACAACUGCAACAGUACUAUCAUUCUUGUGUUUAGGCCUAGCUUUGUUUAUGUUUGUAAUAUAAUCCAGCAUGUUUUUUGAUUCUUGUCAUAUUUGUGAGAUGAAUUGCCUUUGUAUUCCUAAAGCUUGAUUAAAUGGAAACUGUAAACAAGUGAAGGGGAAUAUGAUAACCAUUCUACUUGUAGUUUUCAA